UGACACCCGGGCCGGGCGGACGCGGCUCCGCCGGGACCCCCCGCCCGCACCGACCCGGCCCCGGCCCCGCCGCGGCACCCCCAGCGCGGCACUCUGGGCCCCGCCGCUCCCGCCGCUCCCCGCCGCUGCCUGGACUAAUGGCAAAGGAGUGACCCAGCAUGGCAGCUAUGGUCCCACCAGUGAAGCUGAAAUGGCUUGAGCAUCUCAACAGCUCUUGGAUCACCGAAGACAGUGAAUCUAUUGCCACGAGGGAGGGAGUGUCUGUCUUGUACGCUAAGUUAGUGAGCAAUAAAGAAGUAGUGCCAUUGCCCCAGCAGGUUCUGUGCCUCAAAGGACCUCAGCUACCAGAUUUUGAGCGGGAAUCUCUCUCUAGUGAUGAACAGGACCACUACCUGGAUGCCCUUCUUAGCAGCCAGCUGGCUCUGGCAAAGAUGGUGUGCUCAGACUCUCCGUUUGCCGGAGCGCUGCGGAAGCGUCUCCUGGUGCUGCAGCGCGUCUUCUAUGCACUUUCUAACAAAUACCACGACAAGGGGAAGGUGAAGCAGCAGCAGCACUCCCCAGAGAGCAGCUCUGGCUCCACAGACGUGCACUCGGUCAGCGAGCGGCCCCGGUCGAGCACGGACGCGCUCAUCGAGAUGGGGGUGCGGACUGGGCUCAGCCUGCUCUUCGCCCUGCUCAGGCAGAGCUGGAUGAUGCCGGCGGCGGGGCCCGGCCUCAGCCUCUGCAACGACGUCAUCCACACUGCCAUCGAGGUGGUCAGCUCCCUGCCACCCUUGUCUCUAGCCAAUGAAAGCAAGAUUCCACCCAUGGGUUUGGACUGUUUGUCACAGGUCACGACGUUUCUCAAAGGAGUCACAAUCCCGAACUCUGGGGCGGAUACGUUAGGUCGUAGAUUAGCUUCGGAGCUGCUGCUUGGUCUGGCUGCCCAACGAGGUGCCUUGAGAUACCUUCUGGAGUGGAUAGAGAUGGCUUUGGGUGCCUCAGCUGUGGUGAACACCAUGGAGAAAAGCAAGCUGCUGCAAAGUCCGGAGGGGAUGAUCAGCUUUGAUUGCUUCAUGAGCAUAUUGACACAGAUGCGACGGUCUCUGGGCUCGUCUGCUGACCGGAGUCAAUGGAGGGAGCCAACCAGGACAUCCGAUGGCUUGUGCUCCCUGUAUGAGGCAGCUCUGUGUUUAUUUGAAGAGGUGUGUCGAAUGGCUUCAGACUAUUCCAGGACAUGUGCCAGCCCUGACAGCAUCCAAACUGGGGAUGCUCCCAUUGUGUCUGAGACCUGUGAGGUGUAUGUUUGGGGCAGUAACAGCAGCCAUCAGCUGGUGGAAGGCACUCAGGAGAAAAUACUUCAACCCAAGCUCGCUCCAAGUUUUUCUGAUGCACAGACAAUUGAAGCUGGACAAUAUUGUACCUUUGUCAUUUCUACGGAUGGUUCUGUCAGAGCCUGUGGGAAAGGCAGUUAUGGGAGACUUGGCCUGGGUGACUCCAAUAAUCAGUCCACACUGAAAAAACUGACUUUUGAGCCUCAUAGGUCUAUUAAAAAGGUGUCAUCUUCAAAAGGAUCCGAUGGCCACACUUUAGCAUUUACAACAGAAGGGGAAGUCUUCAGCUGGGGUGAUGGUGACUAUGGAAAACUGGGACAUGGAAAUAGUUCAACUCAGAAAUAUCCCAAACUUAUUCAGGGUCCCCUGCAAGGAAAGGUGGUUGUCUGUGUGUCAGCGGGAUACAGGCACAGCGCUGCUGUCACAGAGGAUGGGGAGCUCUAUACCUGGGGAGAGGGAGACUUUGGGAGACUGGGUCACGGUGACAGCAACAGCCGCAACAUUCCAACUCUGGUAAAAGAUAUCAGCAAUGUGGGAGAGGUCUCCUGUGGCAGUUCACACACCAUAGCUCUGUCCAAAGAUGGGAGAACAGUGUGGUCAUUUGGAGGAGGAGACAAUGGCAAACUUGGUCAUGGUGAUACAAACAGGGUAUAUAAACCUAAAGUUAUAGAAGCCUUGCAAGGAAUGUUUAUUCGAAAAGUUUGUGCUGGGAGCCAGUCUUCACUUGCCUUGACAUCAACGGGGCAGGUGUACGCGUGGGGCUGCGGGGCCUGCCUGGGCUGCGGCUCCUCGGAGGCCACUGCUCUCAGGCCCAAACUCAUCGAGGAGCUGGCUGCCACGAGGAUCGUGGACAUUUCCAUUGGGGACAGUCACUGCUUGGCACUUUCUCAUGAUAAUGAAGUUUAUGCUUGGGGUAACAAUUCAAUGGGACAGUGUGGUCAGGGGAACUCCACUGGUCCCAUCACCAAACCGAAGAAAGUAAGUGGUUUAGAUGGAGUUGCAAUCCAACAAAUCUCAGCAGGAACAUCCCACAGCCUUGCCUGGACAGCUCUUCCAAGGGACAGGCAGGUUGUGGCGUGGCACAGACCCUACUGUGUAGACCUGGAAGAAAGUACCUUCUCACAUCUCCGCUCUUUCCUCGAGCACUACUGUGACAAAAUCAACAGUGAAAUCCCCCCUCUUCCUUUUCCUUCCUCAAGGGAACACCACAAUUUUCUUAAAUUGUGUCUGAAGCUGCUUUCUAAUCACCUUGCACUUGCACUGGCUGGGGGUGUAGCCACCAGCAUCCUGGGCCGCCAGGCUGGGCCUCUCCGAAAUCUCUUGUUUAGACUGAUGGACUCUUCUGUCCCUGAUGAAAUUCAGGAAGUUGUAAUUGAGACUCUGUCAGUAGGAGCAACUAUGCUGCUUCCUCCACUGCGAGAGAGAAUGGAAUUGCUCCAUUCCCUUCUCCCCCAGGGUCCUGAUAGAUGGGAGAGCUUAUCAAAAGGACAGAGAAUGCAGUUGGACAUAAUUCUGACAAGCUUGCAGGAUCACACCCACGUGGCUUCCCUGCUUGGCUACAGCUCACCCUCAGAUACCACCGAAACCUCCUCGCUGUGUAUCAGCUAUGGAAACCUCUCUGAUCAAACAUAUGCUGUGCAGAGCAGCCACCCAGACACUCACCUGGCUGAAAUCUUAAUGAAGACUCUGCUGAGAAAUUUGGGAUUUUAUACAGACCAAGCCUUUGGAGAACUGGAAAAAAACAGUGAUAAAUUUUUACUAGGUACAUCAUCAUCAGAAAACAGCCAACCUGCUCAUCUUCAUGAGCUUUUAUGUUCACUGCAGAAACAGCUGCUGGCUUAUUGCCACAUCAACAGUGUCAGUGAGAAUUCCAGCAGUGUGGCUCUGCUCCACAAACACCUCCAGCUUUUGUUGCCUCAUGCCACAGAUAUCUAUUCCCGUUCUGCAACACUGCUGAAGGAAAGCUCUUGGAAUGGUAGUGUUGGGGAAAAACUGAGAGAUGUGAUCUAUGUCUCAGCUGCUGGCAGUAUGCUCUCCCAGAUUGUCAACUCCUUGCUGCUGCUGCCAGUGUCGGUAGCCCGGCCCUUGCUGAGUUACCUGCUGGAUCUGCUGCCACCUCUAGAUCGUCUCAACAGGCUGUUGCCUGCUGCAGCCCUUCUGGAAGAUCAAGAAUUACAGUGGCCUCUUCAUGGUGGCCCUGAGCUGAUCGACCCUGCUGGAGUGCCCCUGCCACAGCCUGCCCAGUCCUGGGUGUGGCUCGUGGACCUGGAGAGGACGGUGGCCUUGCUCAUUGGGAGGUGCCUUGGGGGGAUGCUCCAGGGCCCUCCCGUGUCCCCUGAGGAACAGGACACAGCCUACUGGCUCAAAACUCCACUUUUCAGUGAUGGGGUGGAAAUGGAUAUUCCUCAUUUAGACAAAUGCAUGAGCUCCUUGUUAGAAGUGGCCCUGUCUGGAAACGAGGAGCAGAAGCCCUUUGACUAUAAGCUGAGACCUGAGAUUACAGUCUAUGUUGAUUUGGCCUUGGGUUGUACAAAAGAGCCAGCCAGGAGCCUCUGGAUCAGUAUGCAAGACUAUGCUGUUAGUAAAGAUUGGGAUACUGCAACUUUAAGUAAUGAAUCACUCCUAGACACCGUGUCCAGAUUUGUUCUUGCAGCUCUUCUGAAGCACACGAGUUUACUUAGUCAAGCUUGUGGUGAGAGCAGGUACCAGCCUGGCAAGGCCCUGGCAGAAGUUUACCGCUGCGUGUACAAGGUUCGGAGCCGUUUGCUUGCCUGCAAGAACAUGGAACUCAUUCAGACCAGAUCAUCCUCAAGAGACAGAUGGAUGCUGGAUAACCAAGAAUCUGCUGAUGUUGAUACUCAAGAACAUUCUUUUACUCGUACAAUUGAUGAAGAAGCAGAAAUGGAGGAGCAGGCAGAACGUGACAGAGAGGAAGGACACCCGGAACAAGAAGAUGAAGAGGAGGAAAGAGAACAUGAAGUUAUGACAGCUGGGAAAAUAUUUCAAUGUUUCCUAUCAGCCCGUGAAGUAGCUCGCAGUCGGGAUCGGGAUAGGAUGAGCACUGGGACAGGGACUAGACUUGAUGAUCCACCCCCUCAGUCUCAGCAGGAAAGGAGGAUCAGCACAGAUCUGACAGAAGGCCAGGAUGUGUACACUGCUGCCUGCAACUCGGUGAUCCACAGGUGUGCCCUGCUGAUCCUGGGGGUGAGCCCCGUCCUGGAGGAGCUGCAGAAGCGCCGGGAGGACGGGCACUCCCAGCAGCCGCCCUCGGCCACCCCCGAGGGCAUCGGGCUCAUGACAAGUGUUUUCUUUCUGUGUGCACAUAAAUGUGUGUGCCCCUGGAGCAGGAGUGAAAGUCUGACAGCAGAGAGUCGCUCAAUCCACACCAGCUCCAGCUACAGACUGAUUAAGUCAAGGAGUGAGUCCGAUUUGUCUCAGCCAGAGUCCGAUGAGGAAGGUUAUUCACUGAGUGGAAGGCGAAAUGUUGAUUUGGAUUUGGCAGCAUCACACAGAAAGAGGGUGUAUUUACUCCUUUUUGGCCAGUUGAGCCCCAGAAAAAAGAAGAGCUUCAAGCAAGUAACUGAUGGAGCAAUUCACAGCCAGGUGGAAUCUCUGAGUGACUCCUGGGUCCGACUGAAGCACAGCAGGGACUGGUUGUACACGUCCUCCUACUCGUUCGUGGAGUCCGACUUCGAUCUCUCCAGAUCCCUGGGAGUUCAUACUUUGAUUGAAAACGUUGUCAGCUUUGUGAGUGGGGACGUGGGGAACUCCCCAGGAUUUAAAGAGCCAGAGGAGAGUAUGUCCACCAGCCCACAGGCAUCAAUCAUUGCAAUGGAGCAGCAGCAGCUGAGGGCUGAGCUUCGUCUGGAAGCCCUUCAUCAGAUUUUGGUGCUUCUGUCAGGGAUGGAGGAAAAAGGCAGUGUACCACUGAUGGGGAGCCGUCAAGUCCCAGGAUUUCAGUCUUCUUCACUGCUUACUUCUGUUAGACUCCAGUUCCUUGCUGGCUGCUUUGGUUUGGGCACUGUGGGACAUGCAGGUGCCAAAGGAGAGAGUGUAAGGUUGCAUCACUACCAGGAUGGUAUCAGAGCAGCCAAGAGAAGUAUUCAAAUUGAAAUCCAGGUGGCUGUGCACAAAAUCUACCAGCAGUUAUCUGCUACUUUAGAAAGAGCCCUGCAAGCUAAUAAGCAUCACAUAGAAGCACAGCAGCGCCUUCUCUUGGUGACGGUCUUUGCUCUCAGUGUGCACUACCAGCCCGUUGACGUGUCCCUGGCCAUUUCCACUGGGCUGCUGAACGUGCUGUCCCAGCUGUGUGGCACAGACACCAUGCUGGGACAGCCUCUGCAGCUGCUGCCCAAAACUGGCAUCUCUCAGCUCAGCACAGCUCUGAAAGUAGCCAGCACGAGGCUCCUGCAGAUCCUCGCCAUCACCACGGGAACCUAUGCUGAUAAACUGAGCCCAAAGGUGGUCCAGUCUUUGCUGGAUUUAUUAUGCAGCCAGCUGAAGAACUUGUUAUCUCAAGCUGGUGUGAUGCUUAUGGCUUCCUUUGGAGAAGGGGAAGGGGAGGAAGAUGAAGUGGAAUCAAAAAAGGCAGAUUCAAAUGGGGAUAAUGAGAAGAGAGACUUCAGAGCUGCCCUGCGAAAGCAACACGCAGCAGAACUGCACCUGGGAGACUUCCUUGUUUUCCUGCGUAGAGUUGUGUCUUCAAAAGCAAUUCAGUCCAAAAUGGCAUCUCCAAAGUGGACAGAAGUACUCCUGAACAUUGCUUCUCAGAAGUGUUGCUCAGGAGUUCCCUUGGUUGGCAACCUGAGGACCAGACUGCUGGCGCUGCACGUGCUGGAAGCUGUGUUACCUGCGUGUGAAUCUGGCGUUGAAGAUGAUCAGAUGGCUCAGGUUGUUGAGAGAUUGUUCUCACUUCUGUCUGACUGCAUGUGGGAGACUCCAAUAGCUCAGGCCAAACAUGCCAUCCAAAUCAAGGAGAAAGAGCAGGAAAUGAAGCUGCAGAAGCAAGGAGAGUCUGAAGAUGAGGAUGAGAAUCUUCCCAUACAGGAGGUGUCCUUUGAUCCUGAGAAAGCUCAGUGCUGCAUAGUGGAGAAUGGGCAGAUCCUGACUCAUGGAAGUGGAGGCAAAGGAUAUGGUUUAGCAUCCACUGGAGUCACUUCUGGGUGUUACCAGUGGAAGUUCUACAUUGUGAAGGAGAACCGAGGCAAUGAGGGCACAUGUGUGGGGGUUUCCCGCUGGCCGGUCCAUGAUUUCAACCAUCGCACCACCUCGGAUAUGUGGCUCUACAGAGCCUACAGUGGCAACCUCUACCACAAUGGAGAGCAGACUUUGACCCUGUCCAGCUUCACCCAAGGAGAUUUCAUCACGUGUGUGUUGGAUAUGGAAGCAAGAACCAUUUCCUUUGGGAAAAAUGGAGAGGAGCCCAAACUAGCUUUUGAAGAUGUGGAUGCAGCUGAGUUAUACCCUUGUGUUAUGUUCUACAGCAGUAAUCCAGGAGAGAAGGUGAAGAUCUGCGACAUGCAGAUGCGAGGGACACCCAGAGACCUGCUGCCUGGGGACCCCAUCUGCAGUCCCGUGGCUGCAGUGCUGGCAGAGGCCACCAUCCAGCUGAUCCGUAUCCUGCACCGCACAGACCGCUGGACACACUGCAUCAACAAAAAGAUGAUGGAAAGGCUGAACAAAAUCAAAACCUGCCUUAAAGAAGCAGGGCAAAAGCUCAAGAAAAGCCGCUCGGUUCAAAGCCGGGAGGAGAGCGAGGUGAGAGAGGAGAAGGAGAACAAGGAGGAGGAGAAAGGCAAGCACGGGCGGCACGGGCUGGCCGAGCUGUCGGAGCUGCAGCUGAAGAUGCUGUGUGCGGAGGUGUGGCCCGUGCUGGCCGUCAUCGGAGGGGUGGACGCCGGGCUCAGGGUCGGAGGGCGCUGCGUGCACAAGCAAACCGGCCGGCACGCCACCCUGCUCGGGGUGGUCAAGGAAGGCAGCACCUCUGCCAAGGUGCAGUGGGAUGAAGCAGAGAUCACCAUCAGCUUCCCAACUUUUUGGUCGCCUAGUGAUACCCCCCUGUAUAAUCUGGAGCCCUGUGAACCACUGCCUUUUGAUGUUGCAAGAUUCCGUGGGCUGACAGCUACUGUGUUGCUGGACCUUACCUAUCUGACUGGCAUUCAUGAAGACAUGGGCAAGCAAAGCACCAAGAGACACGAGAAAAAACACAGACAUGAAUCUGAAGAUAAAGGGGAAGCAGACCAGAAGGCGGAGGGUGAUGCUGGAUCAGACUCACGCUUAGGACCAGGCGCUGAUGAGAGCAAAGGACAUGGUGCUACGAGCUCUAAGUCAGAAAAUGAAAUUGUUUCCUUUUCUUUAGAACCUUCCACACUAGGUAUGGAAUCCCAGCACCAACCUGGGGAAGGAAGAAAAAAGAAUCACGAACACAGUCCAAGAAGUCACGACAUAGUGCAGUCAGAAAUCAGGGCUGUGCAGCUGUCCUACCUUUACCUGGGGGCCAUGAAGUCCCUCAGUGUUCUCCUGAGCUGCAGUAAGUACGCUGAGCUGCUGCUGAUACCAAAAGUGCUGGCAGAAAACGGGCACAACUCGGACUGUGCCAGUUCCCCAGUGGUCCAUGAAGAUGUGGAGAUGAGGGCUGCCCUGCAGUUCCUCAUGAGGCACAUGGUCAAACGGGCAGUCAUGCGGUCGCCCAUCAAGAGAGCCCUGGGACUGGCAGACCUGGAACGGGCACAAGCCAUGAUCUACAAGUUAGUGGUUCAUGGGCUGCUGGAGGACCAGUUUGGUGGCAGACUUAAACCAGAAGUGGAGCAACAAGUAGAAGAAGGUGAUCAGUCUCAGCAAGCCCAGACUCCAGUUACAACCAGCCCUUCUGCUUCCAGCACAACAUCUUUCAUGAGCAGCUCCCUGGAGGAUACAACCACUGCUACUACUCCAGUGACUGAUACAGAAACAGUUCCAGCUUCAGAAUCACCUGGGGUUAUGCCUCUCAGUCUUCUUAGGCAAAUGUUCUCCAGUUACCCGACUACAACUGUGCUUCCAGCACGACGUGCUCAGACUCCUCCAAUAUCUUCUUUACCAACAUCUCCUUCAGAUGAGGUUGGAAGGAGACAAAGUCUGACUUCCCCUGAUUCCCAGUCUGCCAGGCCUGCCAAUCGUACAGCUUUGUCUGAUCCAAGCAGCCGACUCUCCACCUCCCCUCCUCCUCCUGCCAUCGCUGUGCCAUUGCUGGAAAUGGGGUUCUCCCUCAGGCAAAUUGCCAAAGCUAUGGAAGCUACAGGUGCCAGAGGAGAAGCAGAUGCCCAGAAUAUCACAGUCCUGGCCAUGUGGAUGAUAGAGCACCCUGGCAAUGAAGACGAUGAGGAGCCCCAGUCCGAGGGGACUGCGGAGUCACGGCACGGGACAAUUGUCUCUGGCAGUGGGGGGAAGUCUGGUGACCAUUGUUAUUUGCAGUCUCCAGGUGAUAUCCCUUCUGCUGAUGCCACUGAAAUGGAGGAAGGCUUUAGUGAGAGCCCUGAUAAUAUGGAUCACAUGGAUAAUGCAGCUUCUGCCAGUGGCCCUCCCUCCAGAAGUCGCUCAGCUGUGACACGGAGGCACAAAUUUGACCUGGCUGCCCGGACUCUGCUGGCACGGGCUGCGGGACUGUACCGCUCCGUGCAGGCCCACAGGAACCAGAGCCGCCGGGAAGGGAUAUCCCUGCAGCAGGAUCCAGGGGCACUUUAUGACUUCAACUUGGAUGAGGAGCUGGAGAUUGACCUUGAUGAUGAAGCGAUGGAAGCCAUGUUUGGGCAGGACCUGGCUAGUGAUAAUGAUAUUCUGGGAAUGUGGAUCCCAGAGGUACUGGACUGGCCUACCUGGCACGUUUGUGAGUCUGAAGACAGAGAAGAAGUGGUGGUUUGUGAGCUGUGUGAGUCCAGCGUGGUGAGCUUCAACCAGCACAUGAAGAGGAACCACCCUGGCUGCGGGCGCAGCGCCAACCGGCAGGGCUAUCGCAGCAACGGCUCCUACGUGGACGGCUGGUUCGGGGGCGAGUGUGGCAGUGGCAAUCCCUACUACCUGUUGUGUGGCAUCUGCAGGGAGAAGUACUUGGCCCUGAAGAGCAAAUCCAAAACGUCCACUUCCGAAAGGUACAAAGGCCAGGCUCCUGAUUUGAUAGGUAAACAAGACAGUGUCUAUGAAGAAGACUGGGAUAUGUUAGAUGUAGACGAAGAUGAAAAGCUGACAGGAGAAGAAGAGUUUGAGUUACUGGCUGGACCUCUUGGGUUAAAUGAUCGGCGCAUUGUCCCCGAACCUGUCCAGUUCCCUGACAGUGACCCCCUGGGGGCUUCAGUUGCAAUGGUCACAGCCACCAACAGCAUGGAAGAAACACUGAUGCAAAUAGGCUGCCACGGCUCAAUAGAGAAGAGUUCCUCUGGCAGGAUAACCUUGGGAGAACAGGCAGCUGCCCUGGCGAAUCCACACGACCGUGUCAUGGCUCUGAGGAGAGUCACAGCUGCUGCCCAAGUCCUCCUGGCAAGAACCAUGGUUAUGAGAGCACUCUCACUUUUGUCUGUCAGUGGUUCCAGUUGCAGCCUGGCAGCUGGACUGGAAUCCCUGGGACUGACGGACAUCCGGACGCUGGUGCGGUUGAUGUGCCUGGCGGCGGCGGGGAGGGCAGGGCUCUCCACCAGCCCAUCCACGGUGUCCAGCUCAGCAGAGAGAUCCAGGGGCAUCCACAGCAAAACAAGCAAGCCCAUCUCUUGCCUUGCCUACCUGAGCACUGCAGUUGGGUGCUUGGCAUCAAACACUCCCAGUGCUGCAAAGCUGCUGGUGCAGUUGUGUACACAGAAUUUGAUUUCUGCAGCAACUGGUGUGAACUUGACAACAGUUGAUGAUCCAAUUCAGCGAAAAUUUUUGCCAAGUUUUUUAAGGGGAAUUGCAGAAGAAAACAAACUUGUCACAUCUCCAAAUUUUGUGGUUACUCAAGCACUUGUAGCAUUGUUGGCAGACAAAGGGGCCAAACUGAGGCCAAACUAUGAUAAAGCUGAAAUUGAAAAGAAAGGUUUAAUUGCCCAUUUGUAUGCCCAUCCUUCCUAUGAUCCCUCUGCUGUAGGCCCUCUGGAGCUGGCGAACGCGCUGGCGGCGUGCUGCCUGUCCUCGCGCCUCUCCUCGCAGCACCGCCAGUGGGCCGCCCAGCAGCUCGUGCGCACGCUCGCCGCCCACGACAGGGACAACCAGAGCGUCCCCCAGACCCUCGCUGACAUGGGGGGGGACCUCAGGAAGUGCUCCUUCAUCAAGCUGGAGGCUCAUCAGAACAGGGUCAUGACGUGUGUUUGGUGCAAUAAAAAGGGACUUUUGGCGACCAGUGGGAAUGAUGGCACCAUAAGAGUGUGGAAUGUGACAAAGAAGCAGUACUCACUGCAGCAAACCUGUGUGCUCAACAAGCUAGAAGGUGAUUCUGAAGAAAGUCUGGGGUCACCCAGUGACCUUAGUUUAUCUCUUGUCUGUUGGAGCAUCAGUGGCAAAUAUCUGGCUGGAGCUACAGAAAAGAUGGUGAACAUAUGGCAAGUCAAUGGAGGAAAAGGAUUAUUAGAUCUCCAGCCUCACUGGGUGUCUGCUCUAGCCUGGCCAGAAGAAGGGCCAGCUGCAGCAUGGACAGGGGAUGCUCCAGAAUUGCUGUUAAUUGGUCGUAUGGAUGGAUCUCUUGCUCUUAUUGAAGUUGUGGAUAUCUCAGCCAUGCACAGGCUGGAGCUGGAACACUGCUACAGAAAGGAUGUGUCUGUCACAUGCCUUGCCUGGUUCAGUGAGGACAGACCAUUUGCUGUUGGCUAUUCUGAUGGAAAAUUGCUCAUAGGAACGAAGGAACCAAUGGAGAAAGGAGGAGUCGUUCUAAUUGAUGCCCAUAAGGAUAUGGUUGUUAGCAUGAAAUGGGAUCCAACUGGAAAGAUUCUCCUGACAUGUGCCAAAGAAGAAACAGUGAAGCUCUGGGGGUACAUGGGGGGCUGUUGGAGGCGCCUGCACUCCCUGUCCCACCCCGCCCUGGUGAACGGCAUUGCCUGGUGUGCCCUGCCAGGGAAGGGGCCCAAGCCCCAGCUCCUGUUAGCCACGGGAUGCCACAAUGGCUUGGUGUGUGUCUGGACUGUUCCCCAGGACAUAGUGAUCACACUGCAGUCCAGCUCAACUUGUUCAGAAGGAUGGUGGGAGCAAGAAACAAGUGCCAAGGAUGGAUACAGGAAGGCAGUGGAAGUCAAGUGUGUGUUUCAGCUGAGGGGACACAUCACUCCUGUCAGGACUGUUGCAUUCAGCCCUGAUGGACUGGCCUUGGUGUCUGGGGGCCUCGGGGGCCUCAUGAACAUUUGGUCUUUAAGGGAUGGCUCAGUGUUGCAGAGUGUUGUGAUAGGCUCUGGAGCAAUCCAGACUGCAGUGUGGAUACCUGAGGUUGGAGUAGCUGCCUGUUCCAACAGAUCAAAGGAUGUGUUGGUGGUGAACUGUACCUCCGAGUGGAUAUCUGCCAACCACGUCCUGGCCACGUGCAGGACUGCUCUGAAGCAGCAGGGAGUGCUGGGGCUGAACAUGGCUCCCUGCAUGAGAGCCUUCCUGGAGCGGCUGCCCAUCAUGCUGCAGGAGCAGUAUGCCUAUGAGAAGCCCCACGUUGUGUGUGGAGACCAGCUGGUGCACAGCCCCUACAUGCAGUGCUUGGCCUCGCUGGCCGUGGGCCUUCACCUGGACCAGCUGCUGUGCAACCCCCCCGUGCCUCCCCACCACCAGAGCUGCCUCCCCGACCCCUCGGCCUGGAACCCCACCGAGUGGGCCUGGCUCGAGUGUUUCUCUACCACCAUCAAAGCUGCAGAAGCCCUGGCCAAGGGAGCACAGUUCCCAGAAUCCUUCACUGUCCCAGACCUGGAGCCUGUUCCAGAGGAUGAGCUCACUCUCCUGAUGGAUAACAGUAAAUGGAUCAAUGGCAUGGAUGAGCAGAUCAUGUCUUGGGCAACAUCAAGGCCAGAGGAUUGGCACUUGGGAGGGAAGUGUGAUGUGUACCUGUGGGGAGCAGGCAGGCAUGGACAGCUGGCAGAGGCUGGGAGGAAUGUCAUGAUACCAGUGGCAGCACCUUCAUUCUCUCAGGCUCAGCAGGUGGUUUGUGGUCAGAAUUGUACCUUUGUCAUUCAAGCUAAUGGCACCGUUCUGGCUUGUGGUGAAGGGAGUUAUGGGCGACUGGGGCAAGGAAAUUCUGAUGAUCUUCACGUCUUAACAGUCAUUUCAGCACUGCAAGGCUUCGUUGUAACGCAGCUGGUGACCUCUUGUGGGUCUGAUGGGCAUUCCAUGGCUCUGACAGAAAGUGGGGAAGUCUUCAGCUGGGGAGAUGGAGACUACGGCAAACUGGGCCACGGGAACAGCGACCGGCAGCGCAGGCCUCGGCAGAUCGAGGCCCUGCAAGGAGAAGAAGUGGUGCAGAUGUCAUGUGGCUUCAAACACUCAGCUGUGGUGACAGCAGAUGGCAAACUCUUUACCUUUGGAAAUGGUGAUUAUGGUCGAUUAGGACUUGGCAACACUUCCAAUAAGAAACUUCCAGAACGAGUGACGGCGCUGGAAGGUUACCAGAUUGGACAGGUGGCCUGUGGCCUCAAUCACACUGUAGCUGUGUCAACAGAUGGCUCAAUGGUCUGGGCUUUUGGAGAUGGAGAUUAUGGGAAACUUGGUCUGGGAAAUUCCACUGCAAAGUCCUCACCACAGAAAGUGGAUAUUCUUUGUGGAAUUGGAAUAAAAAAAGUUGCCUGUGGAACUCAGUUCUCUGUUGCACUGACAAAAGAUGGUCAUGUAUAUACUUUUGGACAAGAUCGCCUCAUCGGUCUGCCCGAGGGCCGGGCCCGGAACCACAACCGGCCGCAGCAGGUGCCGGUGCUGUCGGGGAUCUUCAUCGAGGACAUCGCGGUGGGGGCCGAGCACACCCUGGCCCUGUCCUCCACGGGGGAUGUCUAUGCCUGGGGCAGCAAUUCCGAGGGGCAGCUUGGCCUGGGCCACACCAACCACGUGCGGGAGCCCACGCUGGUGACGGUCCUGCAGGGGAAGAACGUCCGGCAGAUCUCGGCCGGGCGCUGCCACAGCGCGGCCUGGACGGCCCCCCCUGUGCCCCCACGAGCUCCGGGUGUUUCAGUGCCUUUGCAGCUCGGUUUACCUGAUGCCAUCCCACCACAGUACGGGGCACUGAAGGAAGUGAGCAUUCAUACAGUGAGGGCAAGGCUGAGACUGCUGUACCAUUUUUCUGACCUCAUGUACUCUUCGUGGAGAUUACUUAACCUCAGUCCCAAUAACCAGAACAGUACAUCUCAUUACAAUGCUGGAACGUGGGGAAUAGUGCAGGGCCAGCUGAGGCCCUUGCUGGCACCCCGGGUGUACACCCUGCCCAUGGUGCGCUCCAUAGGGAAAACCAUGGUGCAGGGCAAGAACUACGGGCCCCAGAUCACUGUGAAGAGGAUCUCAACCAGAGGUCGGAAGUGCAAGCCCAUCUUUGUGCAGAUAGCCAGGCAGGUGGUGAAGCUGAACGCCUCAGACCUUCGCCUGCCCUCCCGGGCCUGGAAGGUGAAACUGGUUGGAGAAGGAGCUGAUGAUGCAGGUGGAGUGUUUGAUGACACUAUUACAGAAAUGUGUCAGGAACUGGAAACUGGAAUCGUAGACCUGCUCAUUCCUUCCCCAAAUGCUACAGCUGAAGUAGGCUACAACAGGGAUAGGUUUCUCUUUAACCCUUCAGCAUGUUUAGAUGAACACCUGAUGCAGUUCAAGUUCCUGGGCAUUCUCAUGGGUGUGGCUAUUCGUACAAAAAAGCCAUUAGAUCUUCAUUUGGCUCCAAUGGUCUGGAAGCAACUUUGUUGUAUCCCACUCAUCUUGGAGGAUUUGGAGGAGGUAGAUCUGCUCUAUGUGCAGACCCUCAACAGCAUUCUUCACAUUGAAGACAGUGGGAUUACUGAAGAAAAUUUCCAUGAGAUGAUUCCUUUAGAUUCUUUUGUUGGCCAAAGUGCUGAUGGUAAAAUGGUUCCCAUAAUCCCUGGAGGGAACAGUAUCCCACUUACCUUUUCAAACAGGAAAGAGUAUGUGGAGAGGGCAAUUGAGUACAGACUCCAUGAGAUGGACCGUCAGGUGGCUGCUGUCAGGGAGGGAAUGUCCUGGAUUGUUCCCGUUCCUUUGCUGUCCCUUCUGACUGCCAAGCAGUUGGAGCAAAUGGUCUGUGGAAUGCCAGAGAUCUCCGUUGAAGUUCUGAAGAAAGUUGUGCGAUACAGGGAGGUGGAUGAGCAGCAUCAGCUGGUGCAGUGGUUCUGGCACACCCUGGAGGAGUUUUCCAAUGAGGAGAGAGUCCUUUUCAUGAGGUUUGUGUCAGGAAGAUCUCGACUGCCAGCCAACACAGCUGAUAUCUCUCAGCGAUUCCAAAUAAUGAAGGUUGAUAGGCCUUACGACAGCUUGCCUACCUCACAGACUUGUUUCUUUCAACUGCGGCUGCCGCCGUACUCCAGCCAGCUGGUGAUGGCCGAGCGCCUGCGCUAUGCAAUCAACAACUGCCGCUCCAUAGACAUGGACAAUUACAUGCUCUCCCGCAACGUGGACAAUGCCGAGGGCUCCGACACGGAUUAUUGACACUCUGUGAACAAAAUCACCUUCCUUUUCCUACAAAUAGUGCCCUGAGUCCAGUUCAUCGUUGACAUAAUUUUACGGUAACCAUAGAUGUUUUAGGAGCAUAAAAAAAAAAACAAACCUGAUGUUAAUAGGUGGUGGCCACAUUUUAGUUACUCUAAAUGUAACAAAAAAAAAAUUAGAUGUUUUUAUUUUUUUGUGAUUGUACAAAAGAAAAAAGGAAAAACAAAACAAAAAAGUCUGAUGGGUAAGUUUUUUCUCCUUUUUUGGUCACUUUUGAUAAGUUUGCAUGGAGACAUUUUGGUGCAUUUUUGUUGGGAAUAGUACAUUUGUAAGCCCUCCCAGUGAACAUGAAGAGUUGUACAUUGUGUAUAAUUGUUCAUUAGCCAGGACUGUUUUACAUGAAUAUUCACAUAUUUAUUUUGUUUUAAUUUGAAUUGCCUGUGCAGGGUUCCUUAUGCAGAGAAAAAUAAAGCAAAUUCAAGGA